AUGACGAGGGAGACGCACCGAGAGCCUUUCUCACCGGGCUCUCCCCAGUCGCGAAUCGAGACUAUUCAGGCAGUUUUACUACUCUUCGCUAUUGGCUUAUGGGGCCCCAAGGCGAUACUGCACGAAUCAUUGUCAUUGCAGAGCAAUCUUGCCAUGCUUCUUCGCGAAGAGAGGUCGGUCGGAGAACCGAGCCAGUCCGCCGCGCCUGACUGGGAUAGCUGGAUACGAGCAGAGGGCGCGGUCAGGACCAAGUUGGUGGCGUACUGUUACCUGAACCUCUGCAGCGUCGCCUACAACAUUCCACCUCUCUUGCUCACCUCGGAACUAGACGUGUACCUAGCCCAGCCGUCGAGGCUCUGGAGAGCCGAGACGGCGUGGCAAUGGCAGGAGGCUCGGCAAACAGUGCCGACAGCAGACUUGACGGUUCAUGACGCAUUCUCGCGGCUUUUUGGACGAGCUCAACAAGGUCUACCAGCGCACAUUUCAUCUCUAGGGAACCACGUACUUAUCCACGCCCUGCUCCAGCACAUCUAUCUCCUUAAGCAGACGUCGCUGUCACUCUCUCCGGGAUCUGGCGCGCACCGUGUGCUAAGGCCAGAGGACGGCGAGGAUGUCACGCAUGCGCUUCGCGUGUGGCAGAUGGGGUUCGAACAUGGAAACCAAGCGCGGGCGGCCGCCCAGAGCGGCUACGGAGGCGGUGAUGGAUUUCCGGGAGGCCCAAUGGCGUACAACUCGACAGCGCUUUUGAGGUUGGCCUACAUUCGCCUCUGCGCCGACAUGGUCCCCAGCCGCGGCCUCGAGACGAGAGAUCACGUCGUCAUUGCGGCGGCUCUGACAGAAGGGGUGGCGUUAGACCGGGGCCUGAAGCUCCACCGCGCGCUCAUCCAGGCGGUACAUGCUUUGUCGCAGUUGGUCAAAGCCGGCGUGAACUACGUGGCGAGGGCAAAGUCGUCGGAGUGGAGUGUCCAGCACUCAUUGAGCAACUUUGAGUGCGCGAUUCUCGUGUCGAAGUGGCUCCUCACUCUAUCGUCGCUCGGCCACAACGAUCCCCGCCGAGCAUGGAAGAGAGAAACCUGCUAG